GGGCCAUUGGAUGAGCGAUGGAUGGGUGAGAGAGACCAUCCAUCGGUCUGUCUGUGUAGUAAGUAGUAUGUUGACUAGUCCAAGCAAGCCAAGGAAGAGAAGAGAUCAGAUCAGAUCUCAUCUCAGUCUCCUCUGCUCAGGUCGCCGGCGAUGGCGAUGGCGCCGUCCCUCCGCACCACCGUCCUGCUCCUCCUCUUCCUCCUCGCCGCCUCUUCUCAGGCGGAGGCGGCACAAGCGGCGGAGGACGGCAUCCGGGUCCUCUCCGCCGAGAAAAGGAUCGACCUCACCGGCCCCAUCGUCAAGGUCUUCCUCACCCUCAAGGUCCAGAACGCCGCCACCGGCGCCGACGCCUCACACGUCCUCAUCGCCUUCACGCCUGCCGAGGCCGACCACCUCGCCAUCGUCAAGGCCACCCGGGCCGAGGGCAAGCGCAAGAAGAAGGCCUACAUCCCGCUCCCAGUAACACCCGCCGACGCCGCCACCGCCGCUCCCAACGGCGCCCGCCUCUACUCCAUCUCCCUUCCCAGCCCACUAAAACCCGCCGAGACCACCACGGUGGAGGUCUUCUACGUGCUCACCCACUCCCUCGAGCCCUUCCCUGCCGAGAUCACCCAGUCCGAGUCCCAGCUCGUGUACUACCGCGACAGCGCCGUCAUCCUCUCGCCGUACCAUGUCCAGGAGCAGGGCACCUACGUCAAGACGCCCAGCAGCAGGGUCGAGUCCUUCACCAGGGCCGACCCCACCAGCCGCUCGGGCCCUGAUGUCAAAUACGGCGCGUACAGCAACCAGCUCCCAUACGCCUACUCGCCCAUCAUUCUGCAUUAUGAGAACAACCAUGCGUUUGCUGUCGUCGAGGAGCUCGUGCGCAAGGUGGAGAUCUCCCACUGGGGGAACGUCCAGGUCACCGAGCACUACAAGUUGAAGCAUGGCGGUGCCAAGCACAAAGGAGUCUUUUCAAGGCUCGAGUAUCAGGCUAGGCAAUCUAUCAGCGGAGCGUCAUCAUUUAAGAAUCUUCUUGCAAGGUUGCCUCCACGAGUUCAUUCAGUCUACUAUCGUGAUGAGAUUGGUAACAUCUCCUCAUCCCAUCUGCGCAGUGAUUCAUACAAGUCAGAACUAGAAAUUGAACCAAGAUAUCCGCUUUUUGGUGGGUGGCACUGCACUUUCACCAUCGGCUAUGGUAUGCCACUGCAAGAUUUCCUGUUUGAAUCGGCUGAUGGCCGACGCUUUGCCAAUCUUACAUUUGGAUGCCCUCUACUGAAUACUGUGGUUGAUAAUCUUACCAUCAAGGUUGUGCUUCCCGAGGGAUCGAAAAGCCCGCAGGCUGUUGUUCCUUUCGAGACCGAGCAACAUCUUGAGACUAGCUAUUCAUACCUGGAUGUUGUGGGGAGGACGACAGUGGUGAUAAAGAAGAAAAACGUAGUAGGAGAGCACAAUGUUCCAUUCCAGGUGUACUACGAGUUCAGCCCGAUCUUCAUGCUGGCGGAGCCGCUGAUGCUGGUAACCGCAGUGCUGCUCUUGUUCGCGGCGUGCAUUGUGUAUCUUCACACGGAUCUUUCCAUCGCGAAAUCGCAGGCCUCCUGAAGGAGGAGUAGCUGCAAACUAGUCGUUGUGAUGAAGUAAUUGAUGGUGGUGAAACAUUAGCUUUGGGGAGUUUUGUAGAAGAAGCAAGCAUGACGAUAAUUGAUUGCUGUAGGAACUUUGACUCUUUUAUUUUCCUGUGGAAGAAAAAGAAAAAUCACAAUUGGAUUGGAUGUUGAGCAACAACUUGGUUAGUCUGAUCAAGAUACGUUUACCUUGAUUCAA